CGCCGCGGUUGCUGCCAAAACCCGGAGUGGAUUUCGGGAACGUGCGCGCAAACGGCGCACAGGGCAUGCGCAAGCGGGCCCCGGGCCCGGCGGGUGGAGGGAUCAGGCAGCUCCCUGUGGCGCCGCGAGCGACCCGCUGCUUCGCCAGCGGCAACUUGGAGGCUGCAGCCACCGCUCAGGUCCACCCGGUGCCUUGGCCUCCUUGUGGACAGUGCGCCGGCUCCACCGGGCGGGCCCCCUGGCCGGCCGAGUCCUCACGUGCCGAGGCAGCCGCAGUGACCCCGCCCCCAGGCCGAGGAUGUGAGACUGGCCGGGUGUCCCCGCACCGGGCCCGGGCGCCGGGAGUCGGCGCCUCGGCAGCGCGGGGCGAUGGCCCUGUUGCCGGUGCUCCUCGCCUCCUGGGGCUUGGGGCAGUGAGGGGGCCGACGGGUGAGGGGAAACGGCCCCGGCGCGGCGGGGACCAAGGAGCCGCGGGCGCCAUGGAGGGGGUGCUGUACAAGUGGACCAACUAUCUGAGCGGUUGGCAGCCUAGAUGGUUCCUUCUCUGUGGGGGGAUAUUAUCCUAUUAUGAUUCUCCUGAAGAUGCCUGGAAAGGUUGCAAGGGGAGCAUCCAAAUGGCGGUCUGUGAAAUUCAGGUUCAUUCUGUAGAUAACACACGCAUGGACCUGAUAAUCCCUGGGGAGCAGUAUUUCUACCUGAAGGCCAGAAGUGUGGCUGAGAGACAGCGGUGGCUGGUAGCCCUGGGGUCAGCCAAGGCUUGCCUGACCGACAGUAGGACCCAGAAGGAAAAAGAGUUUGCUGAAAACACUGAAAACUUGAAGACCAAAAUGUCGGAACUAAGACUCUACUGUGACCUCCUUGUUCAGCAAGUAGAUAAAACAAAAGAGGUGACCACAGCUGGUGUGUCCAAUUCUGAGGAAGGAAUCGAUGUAGGAACUCUGCUGAAAUCAACCUGCAAUACUUUUCUGAAGACUUUGGAAGAAUGCAUGCAGAUUGCAAACGCAGCCUUCACCUCCGAACUACUCUAUCGCACUCCCCCAGGUUCACCACAGCUGGCCAUGCUCAAGUCCAACAAGAUGAAACAUCCUAUUAUACCGAUUCACAAUUCUUUGGAAAGGCAAAUGGAGCUAAACAGUUGUGAAAAUGGAUCUUUACAUAUGGAAAUAAAUGCUGAUGAAGAAAUCCUAAUGAAAAGUAAGAGCUCCUUAUAUUUGAAACCUGCAGAGGUAGAUUGCAGCAUAUCAAGUGAAGAAAAUACAGAUGAUAAUAUAACAGUCCAAGGUGAGAUUAUGAAGGAAGAAGGAGAGGACAACGCGGGAAAUCAUGACAGCAGCUUGGCACAGCCUGCAUCAAACUCCUCAAGUAGCUCUCCGGAAUCCCACUGGGAAGAAGGCCAAGAAAUCAUCCCAACUUUCUUUAGUACCAUGAAUACCAGCUUCAGUGACAUUGAACUUCUGGAAGACAGUGGCAUUCCCACAGAAGCAUUCUUGGCGUCAUGUUAUGCUGUGGUUCCAGUAUUAGACAAACUUGGCCCUACGGUGUUUGCUCCUGUUAAAAUGGACCUUGUUGGAAAUAUUAAGAAAGUAAACCAGAAGUAUAUAACCAACAAGGAAGAGUUCACCACCCUCCAGAAGAUAGUGCUGCAUGAAGUGGAGGCCGACGUAGCCCAGGUUAGGAACUCAGCUACAGAAGCCCUCUUGUGGCUGAAGAGAGGUCUCAAAUUUUUGAAGGGAUUUUUGACAGAAGUGAAAAAUGGAGAAAAGGAUAUCCAGACAGCCUUGAAUAACGCAUAUGGUAAAACAUUACGGCAGCACCACGGCUGGGUGGUUCGAGGGGUUUUUGCGUUAGCUCUGAGGGCAGCUCCAUCCUAUGAAGAUUUUGUCGCCGCAUUAACCAUAAAGGAAGGCGACCACCAGAAAGCAGCUUUCAGUGUUGGGAUGCAGAGGGACCUCAGCCUUUACCUCCCUGCCAUGGAAAAGCAGCUGGCGAUACUGGACACUUUGUACGAGGUCCACGGGCUGGAGUCGGACGAGGUGGUAUGACGUCUGCAGGACCGCGCCGCCUCCUAACUUCAGGGAAUCAAGUCUGCUAAAGUGUUUUGUUGCCCUACUUAAUUUCCAGCAGCAGCUUCAACCCUCUCCAACCCCUUCCUUGGGGGGAUGGAGAGAAGGAGGCAAAGCCUAGUGCUUUUAUAUAUAAUUUUUUUAAAUGCAUAUGUCUUUUGUGUGUUUAAAAAUCAAGGUGCUAUAUAUAUAUAUUUCAGUUCAAAGGGCCUCCUGGAAACCAAAUCAUAGCUGUUAUAUUAGAAUUGAACAGCAAGUUAUAAGAGCAGAUUUAACAAAUGAAUUUGUUGGUAUUGUGUUUUGUUUUUACUUCUAGUUUUAAUGGUCCUCCCAAACCCAAACUGAAAAUAAGCAAAUUCUGUAUCAAGGACCAUAACACAUAGCCAGUGUUUUAGUCAACUUAGACUAAAAAUUUGGGGGAAGCUAAGUCCCUUUGUUGAAGCUAUUGAAAUGUAGAGUCUGGUAUUCCUAGACAGUCAGAGAAUCCUCUUCUCCGUGGCUCUGUAGGCAAGAAGAGCCUGUGUCGUCCAGGUGUCCGGGGCAUUGGUGUGGGCGUGUCAGUGUGGGAGGAGGAAGACACAAGGAAGGAGUGCCAUCCCUGUUUGUGUGUGGGGAGACUAUGGCUCCUAAGGGAUGAGUGGUGUGCCCUAACCCCAAGCUGGAGGACAGUAUGGCAGCGAUGCGACAUGUCAUCCAAGAUGACCCCUAUCUAGUGCCCACACUUUGCCAGCAUGCUUCCCUAUGUGUCAUCUGAAUUGGACAUUACGGUGAAACUGUGACAUCCAGGAUAUUAUCCAUUUCAAAAGCAAGGUUGAAAGGUUGAGGGAUUUGCUCACAGUCACACAGCCUCUAAUUAGAGGAUGCAAGUCAUUGCAAACUGUGAUCUGGGCCUCCUCUUCAUCAAAGUCACUUGGAGUGCGUCUUCAAAAAACCCAUUCCCAGGCCUUACCCGGACCUGCAAAACCAGAACAGUGGGGGUGGAACUUAGGAAUCUGCAUUUGAAUCAACUUUACGGGUGAUUCUUCUGCACCCAGGGUUGAAGAACCAUAAGAUUAAAUUCUAGUUUAAAUUCUAGUUUACAGGCCUCUCCAUCUUCUGCAUGAACUAAAUGAUAGGUCCCUUUUUUCCCAAUGUGUGUCGAUGGGAGAGCGAGAAGUGGAGCAAGUUUACUCACCGUUUUCUUGAUUGAACCGGCCUCAGCGCCCAGCCAGCAGGCUUUGGCGUUGCGUUCAAGGAGCACGGUUCUGAAUGUGCAACCUGAUCGAUCUUGGUAUAAUCGCCAGUAGUUCAAAGCCCAAUACAGCUGCUUAUCAAUCUCAAAAGCUUUGGGACUGUGUCCAAAUUUAAAGGUGGGAUUUAAACUUGCAUCAAGCAACCCUGGGUAGGUAUUCUCCUGAAAAGUGUGUGAUGCCAGGAGUCUCUGGUAGGCCAAGCUGCCACGGGUGGGUGUGGGCGGGAAGUAUUGUGGCUUCCCCAUGAGUGGCUGCUUCCUUCUAGUAGCUGGAAGAGAAGUUCCAGCAGGAGCUAGUGCCCCAGAGUAGAAGGUGAGUUCCUUCAAAGGGCACAGGCGAACGCUACCUGAACAGCCCCAGACGAUACUUUCCUAGGGCAAAGGGAACCCUCUCUGUAGGCAGAGGUUGAUGUAGAGAGGAGUUUUGAUUUUGUCUUUUGUUUGUCCUUAACCAAAUUGGGAUUUAUUUAGCUCAGGUUAAUGAAGCCGGUACUCCACUCACUAAGGACUUCUGGAAAAUGCUUAAACUUAGAAAAACAAAUGUUUUAAGGCUGGGGGGAAGUGCUAAAAUAGUAUUGAUGCUUUUGUAUUUUAGCACUUGCUGUUGGCAACUGCUGAGGGGGGUGUGUCACUUUCCCUACUCCCACGAGUAGUUGGUGUGGCUCUCCUCUGGCUAGUGUGACUAUGAUGGCAGAACUAAAGGAUAAUUCAGACUUCCUGCCUUUGACAUAGCCUAAAAGGGAAAAAGAAAAAAAAAACAGCCAGUCUUUGCUUGAACCUUGAAUGAGGACACUUUAGGCAUUGUGCUAUUGGGAAACUGUAAGUAUCCGUCCUGAGCAUGCUGCUGCCUGUCCCCGUCACCUCAGGUGAGCUCCUGGGGGCUCUUGGAGAAAGGGCGGGCACACUGACAACACUGCAGAUUGGCCGUUGAGGCUCCAGAUACACACAGAAAGAAAGCUGCUCAGCAUGGCCCUUUCACAUUUAUUUAGGUACUGCCUUGGUUUAUAGAACGCCAUUUUCUGGGGAAGAAGGGUUUAAUAUUAUCUAGGACCCUUGGGAACCCAGGUCAGGAUAGCUUGAAUAACUUGAAUAGGUUAUAUUUUGUACUCCUCCUUUCCCACCCCUGUAGAAAGGGGGUAAGUUUAUUGAUAGUGAUUGUCCUCACUGGAGCAUGUUCGGUUUGCCUGAGAUGUAUAAAGCUCGGAGGGUCCUAAAAAAAAGCUUAGAUUAGGUGAUAUACUAGGUGAUAAAUUCAACUUGGCCCGAAGUUUGGCAUAGUCAGAGCUUCGUCCUGGAUCUUCGGAGUUAGCUUCUAGUUAAAGUACUAAUCUGCAGGUAGUGCCUAAGAUGGGAACAAAGAGAAAAGAUAGUUAAGACCUUUUCUCCGUAAUCCUCCCAGGUUUCUGGGACAUCUCAGCUUUCUUCCCCCAGACAGGGAGAGGAGAUGAAAACACUAGUGUGCUUGUUGACAGAGGAACCACCUUGCUCUCAUUGCUCAAAACAUUUUUAGGAGUCCUUUUUUAGAGUAACUUUUGGAGAGAUCCUGAAGAAUAAGGUAAUUUGUCUUCAAGGUAUUAGUAGAAGCUAGUAAGUAACAUUUGGAUAAUCCUUUACAAAGUGCUUGCAAACACAUAAUUUCAUCAUGUGUGCCCUUCGUCCCGCAGGAGAAGCCAGACUUGACACGUAGGAGGGAUCGAUGUGUAUUUGUCCAACGGAAUAAAAUCCUUUCACUGGCAAUUUUUUUUGUCCUUUGAAAGUAAAUUUGAUUCAUUAUAGCUAAUCCUGGUGAAAAAUGUUAAGUUGGAGGGAUACCUUUUGGGGGCAAAACCAAUUUACGACUAUGAGGUGGAGAUGAUUUUCUUGUCAGCUCUUGAUCCGGCCCUGCAGGAAGUUCUAGAAGCAGGGCUCUCAGGAUGUGGAGCUUCUCGGUCCCCAGGGAAUGGACUUUGAAAGGCAGUAUUCAUUAGGAUAUGUAAGUAGUGGCUUGAGGCACCUUGUCAUCGCUAUUUGCAUGUCUUUCCGAACAUAAAGCUUCCUCAAAUGCCAGUUGCACACAAAGGGAUAUCUGAACUCCAGAGCUCGGCCUCACUGCUUCCCCCUCCUGUUUUCGCUCACGAAAAAUUGCCAGCAGAAACCCUCUGAGCACCAAAUCCCAUCCCCCUUUCAGCUGUUCUGUCCGCAUUCCUCAGCAGCGCCCCUGAGCAAGGAUGUGGAGCAACUGCCUAGCGGGAGGUGUCCAGUCAGUGCGAAUUCUGUUCCCCUCCUGGACUUCAGGAGCUUCUCUAAAGACCCCCGUUCCCAUUUGUAGCUGUAAAGCAGCAGGUGUGCACCGUGUGCAGAAAGUGACCUCUCCUCCAAUGUGCGCUGCUGGAAAAGCGUGCGGGCUUUGCUUCUUGAUUCUUAAUUGGGUAUAUGUAUAUUUUCCCAAAGUUAAUGCUUUCAACUUUAUAUUUUCGGAACAGUGCUUUUCAUUAAGAAAAAUACGUGGUAGGAACCAGUAAAUAUACUUUUCUUGAUUAAAUUUGAAGUAAGGGAGUUGAGGUAAGAGGCAUCGUAUUAAGGAGACUUAAUCUGAUGAUGAAAGUCAUAGAUGUGAAGAAACAUCCUUUAAAGCAGGAGAAAGAGGGUCAUGAGCAGUAUAAGAUGAUGUGAGGCAACUUUCUGGAACUUUCUGAAAGAAGACUAUUUUUGUGUUUUUCCUACUUAAAUGACUACAUUCCACAAGAAGUUGGUUACUUAAUGGUGCAUUUCUGAAACAUUGAUUAAAAUCAGUUGCUUCUGGUUUUAGUCCUAGGUUUUACAACUCUUCAGCCUCCCUAUUCUGAUGUUUUGUGGCUUUUUUUAAGGUAAACUACCAACCUUUUUUACAUUUUUAGAUUUAGGUUUCGUAAGUAGAGUAUCUUUGAAGCCAUUGUUCUGUGAGCUGAGCUGAUGUGUUUGGUCUUAGAGGGCCUGACUUCAGAUGCUCCUUGUGGUCGCUACAGUCUGUACACCAGCGCCAGCGUGUGCGGUCAGCCUGCGUCCCCAUGAGGUGUAUAUAGAGGGCUUUAUUUAGAAAUACGUCCUGCUUCUGGAUGUCCCUUUGUAACCUGCAGUUGCUUACUCAGGGUUUUCAUAAUAACGACUUAAAAAAAAAAA